GCGGCGGAGCCGGAUGCGGGCGGUGCCGCGGCCGCCGCUGCCCUGGGGAUGGGCGGAGCCCCGGCCGCCAGUGCUGGUGGCCGCUGCGAGCGGCCGCCUCUUAUCCCGCGCGUCGCUGCUUCCCAGGGCGGCGGUAUGCUGGGGAAAGGUGUAGUCGGCGGUGGCGGCGGCACCAAGGCGCCCAAGCCCUCCUUCGUGUCGUACGUACGCCCCGAGGAAAUUCACACAAAUGAAAAGGAACUAACAGAGAAGGAAGUAACUCUUCGCUUGUUGCCAGGUGAACAGCUGCUCUGUGAAGCCAGCACAGUACUGAAGUGUGUCCAGGAAGACUCCUGUCAGCGUGGAAUCUAUGGGAGGCUUGUCUGCACAGACUUCAAGAUUGCUUUCUUGGGCGAUGACGAAUCUGCAUUGGAUAAUGAUGAAACGCAGUUUAAGAAUAAGGUUAUAGGAGAAAAUGACAUUACCCUCCACUGUGUUGAUCAGAUUUAUGGAGUGUUUGAUGAGAAAAAAAAGACUCUCUUUGGACAGCUGAAGAAAUACCCUGAGAAACUCAUCAUCCACUGCAAAGACCUCCGGGUAUUCCACUUUUGUCUGAGGUACACAAAAGAAGAGGAAGUCAAAAGGAUUGUCAGUGGCAUAAUCCAUCAUACCCAGGCCCCUAAACUGCUGAAACGAUUGUUUCUGUUUUCCUACGCGACUGCAGCACAAAACCACACAGCUACUGAUCCCAAGAACCAUGCCGUAAUGUUUGACACACUUCAGGACUGGUGUUGGGAGCUGGAGCGGACCAAAGGCAACAUGAAGUACAAAGCAGUGAGUGUCAAUGAAGGCUAUAAAGUCUGUGAAAGGUUGCCAGCAUACUUUGUUGUCCCCACCCCUCUUCCUGAGGAGGACGUGCCACGCUUCCAUGGUCACGGCAUACCCAUAUGGUGUUGGUCCUGCCACAGCGGAUGUGCCCUUUUGAAAAUGUCAGCACUGCCCAAAGAACAGGAUGAUGGCGUUUUACAAAUCCAAAAGAACUUCUUGGAUGGAGUUUAUAAGACCAUCCACAGGCCACCCUAUGAAAUUGUUAAAACUGAAGACCUGUCAAGCAACUUCUUAUCCCUGCAGGAAAUCCAGACGGCCUACUCUAAAUUUAAACAGCUGUUUCUGAUAGAUAAUAGUACCGAAUUUUGGGACACAGAUAUAAAAUGGUUUUCCCUGCUGGAAAGUAGCAGCUGGCUUGACAUAAUCAGACGCUGCCUGAAAAAAGCAAUAGAGAUUAUAGAAUGUCUAGAAGCGCAAAACAUGAAUGUUCUUCUUUUAGAGGAGAACGCUUCCGACCUCUGCUGCCUCGUUUCCUCUCUGGUGCAAGUGAUGAUGGACCCCCACUGUCGAACCAGGUUCGGUUUCCAGAGCCUUGUCCAGAAGGAGUGGAUCGUGGGCGGACACUGCUUCCUGGACCGCUGCAACCAUCUACGUCAGAGUGACAAGGAGGAGGUUCCCGUGUUCCUGCUCUUCUUAGACUGUGUCUGGCAGCUGGUGCACCAGCAUCCCCCAGCGUUUGAGUUCACGGAGACGUACCUGACCGUUUUGUCAGAUAGCCUGUACAUACCUAUCUUUAGCACCUUCUUCUUCAAUUCGCCUCAUCAGAAAGAUACAAACAUGGGCCGGGAAGGCCAGGGCGCACAAAGCAAGCCUUUGAAUCUCCUCACCGUGUGGGACUGGUCUGUGCAGUUCGAACCCAAAGCCCAGACGUUGCUCAAAAACCCUCUUUACGUGGAAAAGCCAAAACUGGACAAAGGCCAGCGGAAAGGAACGCAUUUCAAACAUCAACGACAACUUUCUUUGCCACUCACCCAAUCUAAAUCAUCUCCCAAAAGAGGAUUUUUCAGGGAAGAAACAGAUCAUUUAAUUAAAAACCUUCUGGGCAAGAGAAUUAGCAAACUGAUUAAUUCCUCUGAGGAGCUGCAGGACAACUUCCGAGAGUUCUACGACAGCUGGCGCAGCAAGCCCCCCAACUACCACGGGCUACUGCUGCCUCACAUCGAGGGGCCAGAGAUCAAAGUGUGGGCCCAGCGCUACUUGCGGUGGAUUCCAGAGGCCCAAAUCCUGGGUGGUGGCAGAGUGGCCACCCUGAGCAAACUCUUGGAGACGAUGGAGGAAGUCCAGCGCCUACAGGAGAAAAUCGAGGAGAGACACCACAGCCAGGAGGCCCUCCAGGCAGAGGCCGCCUCGCUGCUGAGGACCUCAGCCCGCCUGUCCUCCUUGUUCCCUUUUGCGCUGCUGCAGCGCCAUUCCUCCAAGCCAGUCCUGCCCACCAGCGGGUGGAAAGCUCUGGGAGAUGAAGAAGACUUGGCCAAGCGAGAAGAUGAGUUUGUGGAUCUAGGGGAUGUGUGACUGGUCUGCUCAGUGGAGGUAAGAGAGGCGUGUCACAGGCUGAGGCAGGAGCCAGACACGUCUGCUGUCUGCAUCGGGCUGUCGCGCUGAAGCUGACUACUGGGAGGAAGCCUGGGCCUUCAGGAAAAGAGCUGGUCCUCAUUUCCCUCUCCAACCCCCAUGAUUCUGAAAGACUAUGCAAUUAAAACCAUAGCUCUAGUAUUAUUAGUGGAAAGGAGUUACUGCUUGACCCAUAAUACAACUGUGGCCAGUGUCUUCUGCAUUAGUAUCAUACAGACCCUGCGGUAGCUGGUUUACUACUUAGAAAGGGCCUUGGUAAGAUGUGCUUGGACUCCAUACCGUCUUCAGAUCUUUGCUGUGCCAGCGUGAUUUAUCCAGUCGUCGGGAGUAGUAAGUGUCUCUCUAGCCCAUCUCGGCUUGGAACAAGUCCAACUUUACCUGAUGUGUGUGUGGCGAGUUGAGAGAUUCAAACAGAGGCGUUUAGAUGUAUGGCCUUCACUUCCAAACCUUAGCGUCUUUCCUUUCUGCGUCCUCUUGCCACGCGUGUCACCAUCCUGACGUUUCCGAGCAUCCUCAGGCUGUGUCACUUUAUGUGGGACGGGGGACUGGCUCGGGGGCCGGCAGCCCCGGGUCCCCCGCCUGCUCUGUACCACUCGCCACUGCCCCUGCACGCUGCCCACCUUGGUGCACGUGGUCCCGGGAUCUUGCUGCUAAACCUUUUGGGCAAACUGGGGGACUCCCUUUGGUUUGCCCAGAAGAGCUUCCACUUUUCUGGAGGCGUGCAGUGUUUGAAAGCAGUUGCUUUGCCUUUUCCUAAUAGCACGCCGGGGCGUCAAGCGUCUGUGCCCGCCGUCCUCAGGACGGUUUCCCCAGAUUCUGUUACCUUAUAGACUGAUGAGUAGGAUCGCUGUUGAGCGUAGCUUUCAUAGGGAAGCGGUCAAGCAGAAAUAUCAGAAGUGAUGGUGAUCACAUAGUACCUCAGCGAUUUAAAAAGCCAUAGAAGAAACUUGACUAUGCCUGGUAACCUUCCUGGAUCUGCUGUCUAAAUGAUAUAUAUUUUUUAAAUGCAGGAAAGUACACUUUGUAAGGACCAGUUUUUUCAUUCUCCAUGGAACCCUGUUCAAUUCCACAAAAGGAAGGGGAAAGAAAUUAUCUCGCAUUAGAAUGUUUCCUAUCGAAAGUUUGCCUUUUAUAUCCAUUCGUUCUCCAGUGUAGAUCCCAAUUUGAAUAUUGCCUGUUUAGAAAAACUUUCAGUUGCUUAAGGGCAAUAAGAAAUUUUGAAACUAUUGACAAAGAGGAGUUUCUCGGUUUGCACUGAAUCGUCUUUUGUACACACAAGAAAUUGCUUUGCAGUCCUCCCCACGCCAUGACAGUGGAGAUUGAGGGGAGGGUAGGAUUCAUGCAUCUGGGGCCAAACACAUGCCCAGUCUUGGUUGCCUUAAGAGUCUCACUAGUAAGGUCAGUGUUGGGCUUGCAGUGGGGAUUUUAAAAUGACCCUAGUUCGUUGGCUACCUUCUUGUACGUUCUGUGGGCCUUCUUAAACUAGCACUAACCUCCCUUCCCUGCCCCACUGCCUCCCAGGUACACUAUGGAGCUAACUAGUUUUGUUACCAUAUUAUAAUGGGAAUAUUUAUACAGUAGCCUCUUCAGUCUUAAGCUCUUAGUAAUUUUCAUUCCAAAAAUGCCUGGUGUGAUGCUCUACACUCCAUAAGGUAUGGUUUAAAGGCACAAGGUCACGGCCCCUGUCAUAGUGGUUGAAUGUGCAUUGAAAUAUUUUUCUAUGUUUUUUUUUUUAAUAAAAUUACGAUAGAAAAAUAAGCUGUUUUAACACGUAAGGUCAUGACAGUUUAUGUAUUUAUAUUUGAAAUCAGAUUUCUAUAAAGCCGUAUUUGUGUACAGGAUUCUCAGUGGGUUUAUAUAUUGUGACGUUUUUAUUCAAGAUUGAGAUGUGGAUUAUGCUUACCAGUAAAAGCUGAAAUGAGACCAUUUACUUUGUCUGAAAUGCUGCACUGUGCACGUUUGGAAAUGUACAUUAACUUCCUGUAUGUAAUAUCUUGAGUUUGUUUAUACCUCCAAGUUUUUACACUGAAGAUAAAUUAGCUUUAAUUACAUUCAAAACGUUUUUUAAAAAAGGGAAUAAGCUGUUGGGCUAAAUCUGUAUAAAUGUGCUUUUUAUUUUCUGGAUGUACAAUGAGAGUUUAUACUUGUAUUUCACUGCAUCAUAUCCGAUUGCAGAAAUUAAAGCACAAUUUACAAUACUGUA